AUGAAGAUCAUUUCCCGCUCCUGGGCGUUCCGGCUCCUCUGGCUCACCAAGCCGGCCAGCAGGCCCUUUCACAGGGAUCACCAGCUGCGGGUGCCCCUCACCCUUGCUGACUUGGAAGCCAUAAAUCGCUGCGAGAGGCCCUUGCCUGAGAACUUCAACUUCGCUGGGGAUGUGCUGGACCAGUGGGCCCAAAAGGAGAAGACAGGAGAGAGACCAGCCAAUCCAGCCCUGUGGUGGGUGAAUGGCAAAGGGGGCGAGGUGAAAUGGAGCUUUGGAGAACUGGGCACCUUGACCCGAAAGGCUGCCAAUGUGCUCACCGAGCCCUGCGGCCUAAAGAAAGGAGACCGAGUGGCUGUCAUUCUGCCCCAAAUCCCCGAGUGGUGGCUGGUCAACGUGGCUUGUAUGAGAACAGGGCUUGUCUUCAUGCCGGGAACACUGCAGCUGACUGCAAAGGACAUCCUCUAUCGGCUUCGCGCCUCCAAGGCCAGGUGCCUUGUGACCAGUGAGGAAGCGGCCCCAGCAGUGGAGUCCAUCGUGUCAGAGUGUCCUGACUUGAAGACCAAGCUCCUGGUGUCUCCCCACAGCCGGCCCGGGUGGCUCAGCUUCCAGGCGUUAUUUCAAUCGGCCUCUGCAGAGCACAGCCGUGUGGAGACAGGAAGCCGAGAGCCGGCGUCCAUCUACUUCACCAGCGGGACCACAGGCUCCCCCAAGAUGGCCAUGCACUCUCACAGCAGCUUCGGAAUUGGGAAUACCAUCUGUGGAAGGUACUGGCUAGAUCUGAAGUCCUCGGAUAUCAUAUGGAACAUGUCCGACACCGGCUGGGUCAAGGCCUCCAUUGGCGGUGUGUUUUCUCCCUGGAUUCAGGGAGCCUGUGUCUUCGUGCAUCAGAUGGCACAGUUUGACAGUGACACCGUCCUAGAUACGCUGACCACUUACCCCAUCACGACCCUGUGCUGCGUUCCCACUGUGUAUCGGAUGCUUGUGCAGAAAGACCUUAAGAGAUAUAAAUUCAUGAAGCUGCGGCACUGCCUGACAUCCGGGGAGCCACUCAACUCCGUGGUGCUGAAACAGUGGAAGGAGCAGACGGGGCUGGAGCUGCACGAGGGCUACGGACAGACGGAAGCGGGGAUGAUUUGUGGCAAUCUGAAAGGACAAGAAAUCAAACCCGGCUCGAUGGGGAAGGGAAUCCUACCCUAUGAUGUCCAGAUUAUAGAUGAAAAUGGCAACAUCCUACCACCUGGCAAAGAAGGAGACAUUGCUAUCAGACAAAAGCCUACCCGGCCCUUCUGUUUCUUCUCAGAAUAUGUGGGCAACCCAGAGAAAACUGCCUCCACGAUAAGAGGGAAUUUUUAUGUCACUGGAGACAGAGGAGUGAUGGACAGCGAUGGGUAUUUCUGGUUUGUUGGCAGAGCUGAUGAUGUCAUCAUAUCCUCUGGGUACCGUAUUGGGCCAUUUGAGGUUGAGAGUGCACUGGUUGAGCACCCAGCAGUUGCUGAAUCGGCCGUUGUCAGCAGUCCAGACCCAAUCAGAGGAGAGGUAGUGAAAGCUUUUGUCGUCUUAUCUGCACCCUUUAAAUCAUCUGACCAGGAGAAAUUAACUCUUGAACUCCAGGAUCAUGUGAGAAAAUCAACUGCACCUUACAAAUAUCCAAGAAAGGUGGAAUUUGUUGAAAAUCUCCCAAAGUCAAUCACUGGGAAAAUCAAACGCAACGUUCUAAGAGACCAUGAAUGGGGACGGACAUAGCCUGGAAGUAAACUGAGGCAUGAAGUACUUACAGGGUUGCUCUUAGUCUUUGUUUCCUGAUGAUUCAGUGACAACUCUCUUAUAAUGCUUAAGAUUUUUCCUGGUUGAAAACUCAACUCCGAGCCCGGCCAGACAUGGCUCAGCAGUUAAGCGUCGACCUAGGAUCCAGGUGAUCGGGGUUCGAUUCCCGGUCAGA